UUAUCUUUAAUACAGAUGAUGCUGGAUCAUUAAUAAAUUAGUCAUGACAAAAAAAUUAUGACAUCCGAUGUAUUUUCUAUGAGCGAUUAUAAGUUUGACAAGCUUAAUAUCGUAGCUUGUCACCCACUACAACUAACAUGGCGAUAAGCCUGUGUGUGAACUGAUAUUAGGCUAAUAUUGUAGACCUAUGUGUUGGGUUUGGUUCACUAUGAUGUUAAGUGGCAGAUCAGUGGGUUUAAUGCGGUUGAAUUAAUGCGAAAGAGACGAAACCUAAAAUACUAUGAAUGACGCAAAAUAAUAAUUAUAAUAUGACCGCGUGGUGAACCAUAAACUCAUUUAAACACGGUCUCCAUGCUAUGUACACAUGCUGUGUACACAUAUCUAUCCUUGCAAGUACAAUUUUGGCUGUAUUAUUUGUGUCCCCUUCAAAAAUUGCUCUUGAGAAAUUUUACGUUUAUUGUCCCCCCUUACUGUCAGAUGAAAUUUACGCCCCUGGAAUCAUUUGAAUCAGAUCAGAGAUCUGUGUAUAUUUGACUGCAAGGAACCACUGACGAUGGUUUAUAAUAGCGAGUAUACAGAAUAUAAAGCAAUAAAAACAAGGAUAAAAUCUCCUGAUUAAAUGUUGAGUAAUAGUGCUUGAAUAUUAAGAAAAGAAAAGAAUAACAAAUCAGAAAAAAAAAAUACAGCGUCUGGGGUACCCAGUGGCAAAAAGAAAAACGUAGUGGAGGGCACGAAAGAAAUUUCCUAUUGAAAUACAUUAGAUGAAAGUCGUGCUGCAUGACACGAAAAAAGAGGGAAAUUCAUGUCCAUGAACACGAAUCAAUAGAUUAAAUUUCGUGACUAUAUCACGAACUGCCGUGAGACUGGGUUGGUAUGGCUGUGGAAUGGGGUUUGGCCGAGGAAACAUUUUCAGUCAAAAGAAUUUUUUUGCUUUCACCCCUGAACCUGGGUGUGUACAAUUACUUUAGAGUUGUUUGAGAACGUGUCUGUUUUUAGACAAAUGUCCUGACACUCUUUAUUCAUGACUUACUGUACUGCUUUUCACUAACAACAAGUUACAGAACUGGUUUGAAACAAGAACAAGCUCUUGAAAAGUAAGAUGUCAAAACUCUGAUGUUCAGACAUAAUGAGGCCAUUCAGUGUUUCCUUACAAGAAACAAAAAAGAAGGCAGCACUGAGAUUAAUGAGAAAAAGAAGAAAGUUCUACAGGAAAACAUUGGAAAAGUUGCCUUCCUGUCUGCUUUGGUGGCUGCUGUUCCUGUUCCUGGUCUUUCAAUCGCUGUAGAUGCAGCUCUCAUCGCAGAAGAGCUGAGAAAGUACUACGGUGCAUUUGGCCUGGAUGAUCCAUCCCUACAGAAGCUCUGUAGAACAUCUGGGAAGAGCAUAGAGGAACUGAAGAGUUUGAUGAAGUCUCCUUUUCAUCGAGGGCUAAGCACAAGCUCAAUAUUAAUCUUGCUGGGUGCUACAGCUCUUCUUAUAUCAGAAGAUGUUGUUGAGAUGUUUGUGAGCUUCAUACCCAUGAUUGGCUCUGUGGUGGCAGGAGGAAUGUCUUAUCUGACCGUCUCAAGAAUGCUUAAGAAAUCUCUGGAAGACAUAGCUGAUGAUGCUAGGAACGUGCUGACGGCGUCACUGGAGACUGAAGUGUAAAUGUAAAAUUGACAAGAAUAUUCAACAGCAUUUAUAACUACUUGCUUUUGGGAUAUUUAUAGACUAAAGCAUUCUUCACAAUUAACACAAAAUAACCAUAAUCAUUCAGAAUAUAGAUUUAUAUUCACAUUUACUUUAACAUGAUGUAACACUUUUACUUUUCACAGGUAUUUAAGCCCUUCGAUCUUCAAAUGUCUUAUGGUACAGACUCAUCGUUUUAUAUUGUGCCAGACGCUGCAUCAUAUAGACUGCAAGCAGCAGGUAUGAGAUUUGUUUUAUGAAGUUGAAUG